AUGGAGGAGUAUUCCGAAGAAAUAUUUUGCUGUUCUCAGUGGAUCAAAAAUGGAAAAUUCGAAAAAGUAUGCAUCCAAUUACCGGACUACAUGUUGUGCAAAAGCGUAUCAAUUUCAUCUGAAUUUGAAAGACUGUUGGCUCACCGUGUAUACAUACUCGGCGAUACAUCGUAUGGCAGCUGUUGUGUUGAUGAAACAGCCGCCCAACACAUAGCUGCUGAUUGUAUCAUUCAUUUUGGACGGUCUUGUCUGACACCAAAUAGGCAGCUUCCUGUCUAUUACAUUCUUCCUAAACAGCCGUUAGACGAUGUCCAGUGUGCCAAUUCGAUAAUCAAAACCUUUGAAACUGAUGAGGAACUGGUUUUGGUAUUGUACGAUGUGGCUUAUCAUCAUGUACGAGAUCAUUUGGCAAAAUCAUUAGCACCUGCGAAGUCAAUAAUAUUGUCUGACUUGGAUUUAAAGGAACAAAAUACUACUAGUUGUACUGUAUCCGAUGGCCAAGAAUAUACAUGCAUAUUUGGAAGACGAUUUCCCGACUUAAAUUACAAAAAUAUUGUUUACAUAGUUCACGAUAACUACAUGAACAAUGUUGAUAGAUUUAUACUAGAGAGAAAAGAAUGUCAAGUAUAUAUCUAUCAAAAUAGUUGUAAUAUAUUAACACAACGAACCUUGUCGUCAGUGAUAAAAAAAAAACACUAUACAAAAGAAAAGAUAAAAGAUUCUACUCAUAUUGGAAUACUCAUAUGUAGUUUGAGCAUCAGAGAUUUACUCGAGCGUAUUAAUAGAGUUAAAUGUUUGUGCAAAAAGACAAACAAAAAAUGUUACAUUUUUUCUGUUGGACGUCCUAAUGUUGCCAAAUUAGCUAAUUUUCCAGAAAUUGAAAUCUUUGUGAAUAUUACAUGUGCAGAGGGUGUCAUAGAAAAUCAAAAAGAAUACAUGCAACCAAUUGUUAAUAUUGAUGAUAUUGAAUUGGCUUUGGGGACUGAUUACUCAAAUUUACCCGAUGUGUCUUUAGUAACCAACAAAUUAAGAAACAUAACAAUGCCUAAUGAGGAAAUCGAGUUAUCUUCAGCAUUAAAUGUCAGAACAGAUAUGUCAUUAUCAAAGGUUACUCAAAAUAGAACAUGGACAGGGCUCAAUCCACACGACACACGACCUCCAGUUAUAAUAGCUACUGAAGGAAGGAAAGGUACACCGAGCUCUGGAUAUAUAACAUCUGAUUCAGAUCACCGUAGCUAA